AUGGAGCUUGAUAAUGCUCGUGCAAACGAAGUUGGAGAUAUUGUCCAGGAGAUUGAGCGCAUUCUCACGGAACAGAACAAACUCAACAAGUCUCCCGCCAAUUUCUAUAGGUAUCAUCUCAAUGAUGCCGUCGAAGCAAUUUUGGUCGCGCUCAGCACUACCGCAAGGGAAGCGGCGAAAACGCUUGAGCAAUUCGCCCUCACGGUCAGGCCGUCAGGCACCGGCAGCAUCGCAGCCAAAAUAGAUGCUGUUAACAAGAAAGCUGACGAUCUAUUCAAUAAGCUUAAAACAGCGCUAGGCCGACCACCUACCGGCGGCCAGACGGAAAACCACGCCCAAGCCGUCGACGCAGCGAUCCAGCAGGUGGGCACAGAGCUCGACGCGCAGCUGCCGGAAGACAGGACAGGUGGUGGCCCAGCAACUAAAGUCACACUUCCCAAGGAUCACCCAGGAAAAUUCAGCGGUUACGAUUCGCACGUCAAACAAGAAAGCCUGACCAAGGCGGAAGCCGACCCCAAUGCCCUUGAAGGCGCCCUUCCAGCCGCGAUCAAGGGGAUUAGGGACAAAGCUCAGCAGGACUUCCAAGCUGCUGACCAGGCUAUUGGCCAAUUUGAGUCCUUCGAAUCAGUCUUUAAGCAGAUCGACCAAAAUCUCAAGGAUCUGUUGAAUGCGUUCCAGAACGCCGGCAAAGAAGUGAACAAGCAGUUGAAAGAGUUCAGAGAUACCAAAAUAGCUAAGGGUAAACAGGUUGCCCAUAGUCUCCAAGCAAUUCGUAAUAAUCUCAACGCUCUUAGCAACGAACACCAAGACGGUCCCAUCAAGGACUGCGCGCAAUUCAUUGACAAGCACGCCGGGUCAAUGGAAACAAUCUGUAUUAACGCCCUCAAGGAGAACGUCAACGGUCAAGUUAGAAAUGCUACCGAGACUCUCACCACCCUCGCCAAGAAGCAGUACGUUCUCUCCGUCAAGGGCCUGUUAAGCAACUUCGCCGCGAAGGUAACGGAGGAACUGACGGGACUUCGCACGCAGAUCAGCACAGAUCUGCGCACAGGCCACAAGGGCUUUAUGUUACGCAUGGGAGGCGUAGAUAAGCCGGAGACUCCAAGCGGGCCAGACGCUGCGGCACCAAAUCCAGCAAGCUUGCUGGUGAAAAUGCAAGAGGCCGUCGAAACCUACGAUCCAAGUCAGCAAGUUGCAUCAACCACAUCCAUGAAGGACACUUUUACCAAAUUAGCAAACAAUUUUCACGAUUACUUCACUCCAAUUCACAAGUACAUUAGUGACGAAAUCAAAAAGCAACUUAAAGAAAAGUCUCUGCCUGAGACGGCGGACGACAACCUUACUAAACUCGUAGAUGUACACUCUAAUUUCAACACCCUGCUUGACCACUUUAGGAAAACACAGACUAAUAAGCCCGAUAGAAAAUACCUUUUCGACCACAUAUUCACCGCUAAUUUAGACGCACUUAAAACACAACUUCAAACAUUCACCUCCCACAAAUUUACCAACCCGCACCAUCCCGAACUACUUGACGCCCUCAAGUGCGGGCUUAGUGACUUUUGCACGCAGCUUGAUAAAGUGUAUGUUAAUGCGUAUGAGGGACAUCCUACUAAGAUAAAGUGGGACGAACUGUUAGUUAAUAAAACGUUGGAGGACGGCCAAAAGUCCAACGAAAAAGAGUUAACACCGGAUGGCACUAGGCUGUCCAAGGUGUUGCUCACCAUCACUCCCAUCGUGUCCGACGCAUUAGGUGACCUUAAAGAAAAACUUGAAAAUAAACCUAACUGGAAUAAUUACAAAAUAUAUAAUUCAAGUGAAUCUCACCAUAGCCUACAUAGACGCUUUUUCAAUGACCACGGUUACGAUAUCGGUCUUGCCCACGACGCCAAGCACGGCGAACUAAAUCACAGACAUGGCAUUAAUGGUGAGAAAAUUCUUGAGCAUCUUGAUAGCGACACAUAUAAUUUGUUUGUUACUUCUAAACAAUCACAUAAAUCCACUGAUUUAAUACCUGACGAUUCUGUCGAGAUGACCGUCGACCUUGUCGAGGAAAACGGUGUAAUCCCCAAACUAGAUGAUUGGCUUAGGAGUUACUUUGAAGUAGGUCACAUAGCCACUUCCUUCUCCAAGAGGGCACCAUGCUCCGUGUACGAGCAGUUAGUGUGGCUCACCGGGCUCCCGCACAAUCCUGUGUACAAAAAGUUACCUAAACACGUCACCUCUUUGUUCGAAGUGCCAGAUAAGAAUGAUCCAUCUAGUAAGCACGUUAUGCCCAUUGACGCCUCUCCUUCAAAAAUUACAGAUGCCUUGACAAAUAAAGCUGUUGAGGAAAUAUGCGGCAAAGCAUACGCCGUGCUGACCACUGUCGUUGGCACCGGCGACGCUGAGUGCGGGUACGCCUGUGAGUUCCCGAGCAAUUCGUUAGGUCUACAGUAUCCAUCUAAUCCAGCGCAGUGCCUUGAUACGCUCCUUGACAUCCUUCGCCGCCUGUUCCCGCCACUUAAAUUCCUGUUCGCUCAAUGCGGUACGCCGGCGUCUGAACAUGGUUGGUUGCGGUGCGAGUACGGCAGGGAUGUCAAGUCAACCAAAUCGCAAUGCAACGAGCAUACCAAACAGGGGACCAAAGAGCCAACCAAAUGCCUCCCCAAAUCGCCCCUUCAGUCGUAUCUAAGUGACUGUUUAAUCGGCCAUCUUCCACACAAUGUGUCCUCUAUCGGCUGCCAAGCGAAAUGCACCACCUGCCCUGGCGGUAAGCCGGGGAUGCCUUGUAUAACGCCAUUAGGUUUUAGAGGCUUCUCUGGUUCCACCAAAACAGGGGGUUACUUGUCGUCUGUCAUCGGGGAUCUGUUAGAAAUUGAUCAGCUUUCUACACUUUUUGCCCUUGCACCGAAAACGCCACGGACACUACCGGAGCACUUCGAAUUUGCGUCCGCUCUUAUUAAGGGAUGGCAUAAUAAUGCAACAUACCAUAAGGUUGGCCUCCAAGCAGCCUUUGAAAAAUCGGCCAGCAAGCUGUCCAUUGAGCUCUAUGAUAAGCCUGCCGAACUCACAGAUGCGCUUCGUGAUGCUUACGGUUCUGAAUCUGUUAGUCAUUCCAAAUGUGACAAUUCCCAUCUGUUGAACCUUACAGCUUUUAACACGUGUAACAAAAAUGGACAGGAGUGCGCUCCGUAUCUGUCGUCACUCUGCGGAGACUUCUACAUCUGUCUGCCAUUUAAGCAUUGCAACACAUAUUUGUCGUGGGCCAUCUACCUCCCAUGGACGUUCUGGGAUUUACUCAACAAUUUAUAUAAUGCCUUUUGCCAAAUCACUUGUGCAGAUUGGGGAUGCAGAGGAUGUCUCAGAGGAGACAAGUGCAAGAGUGGCAAGCAUGGUGUCGUUGAGGAUGAGAAGAAACCAGAUGACGUCUGUCAGUGUGAAUCCAUAGUAUCCUGCAGAGGCGUGGCACCGACGCUCUACCAGUAUGGAUUCAGCUUCGGCGAGGCGUCGACGCUGAAUGAUGGUAGCACAGUGAAGAAGUGUAAGGAUUUCUGUAGUCAGCUGAAGAAAGUUCUUGCUUCAGAGUAUUUCAAAGAACUAUUCAAGGAGUGUGACAAUUUCCUAAAGGAAAUCAGAUGGCCAUUUAUGUGCACAUUGCUAGCCCUCUGGUCGCUGUCGCUCCUGUACCUGCUGCACAUCGCCGUCGUCCGCCUCGACGUCCUCAGGAUACGCUCCCACCUGAGAUCACCCGCAAGCCACCGCAUCGCCGCGCAGUCCCUCCUUGCCGUUGCAAAGGUUGGGAACAUAGCCAACGUCAAGUACCUCUCACCAUAA